AUGGCCUCUUCCUCUUCCUUGGUUCCGUCAUCUUCGGAUUUGACUCAUGUGAUGAAAAGGGGAAGAAGAUGUAUAAACUGGUCGGAGCUUCCGUCGGAAUUGACGUCAUCAAUCCUGCAGAGGCUAGGCGCGAUUGAGAUAUUGGGAAACGCUCAGAAAGUGUGUACUUCAUGGCGUCGCGUCUGUAAAGACCCUUCUAUGUGGCGGAAGAUUGUCAUGCAUGACCUCGGAGAAAGCAUGGAGUUCGACCUCGAGAUCAUGUGCCGUCAUGCAGUCGAUCUUAGCCAGGGAGGCUUAAUUCAGAUCGAUAUAGGCACUGAUUAUCUCCUCAAGUACAUAUCCGAUAGGUCGGGUAAUCUCCGAAGCCUUAAACUUGCAAAAUGCUACUCAGUCACAGAUCAUGGAUUUGAAAGAGCAGUUGUGAAGCUUCCGUUACUUGAGGACCUCGAGGUCUCAUACUGCUUAUUGUCAGAAGAGUCUCUUAAAGUCGUAGGCCAGUCUUGUCAUAAUCUUAAGACACUGAAGCUGAACCGCAGGGGACUCAGACGUCCAAGAUUUGAAAAUGACGAUGAGGCUCUAGCUAUCGCUGAAACGAUGCAUGGCCUUCGUCACCUCCAGCUUUUCGGGAACAGUCUAUCAAACACCGGUUUAAGCUCCAUUCUGGACAAUUGUCCUUAUCUGGAACACCUUGAUUUACGUCAGUGUUUUAACGUCAGCAUUGUUGGGGAUUUGGAAAAGAGGUGUUCCGAGAGGAUCAAAUUUGUGAGAUACCCUAAUGACUCGACUCAUGAUUAUCCGUUUGAUGCAACGGUUUUUCAUAUGGAUUCAGAUGAAGAGGACUACUUUGAUUGCUAUGACUUUGAUAAUUAUGACUGA